AUGGAUGGAUCCGCUAUAAACCCCAAUGAAAUCAAUCGCUUCGAAGUCACAGAAGUCUAUGCACAUCCCCAAGCUGAAGUAGACAUCGUACUGGUUCACGGAUUGAACGGUCACCCACAGCAUACGUGGACGGCUAAGAAUGGUAUAUUCUGGCCCACGGCUCUUCUCCCAGUGACCUUCAGCUCCAAAGAUCCAAACAAAUCGGCAAAGGUUCGAAUACUCGUCUACGGAUACAAUGCGGAUGUGGUAGCUUUUGCAGAGAAAUCAGCCUCGCACGACAGGAUACACGAACACGCACAAAGUUUGGUUUCUAGUUUGGCGCUAGAGAGGAAGAGUGAAGAGGCCGAAGAAAACCCAAUCAUUUGGGUUGCGCAUAGUUUGGGUGGUAUCUUGGUAAAACGAGCACUAGAGAUUUCCCACGAUUAUCAAGGAAAGAGCAAUGACGAGAUUCGUUCCAUCGCUGUCUCGACCUUCGGUAUCAUAUUCCUCGGUACUCCUCAUACGGGUGCUGAUCCAGCGAAAUGGGGAUUGAUUUUCCAAGGGAUGGUAUCGGCUUUAAUGCCGAAGAAAGCUAUGGACUCGGAAUCGAUUCUCAUCAAAACGUUGACGACAAAUAAUGAAACGCUUGCCAAUAUCAAUCUUCAUUUUCUCGACAUUUAUCAACGCUUUAAGAUUUGUAUGGCACAUGAAAGUUUGAAGACGGAUUUUAAAGGAACAAAAGCUUUUAUCGUUGAUCAAACUUCCGCCAGUCCUCUACUUCCAGAUGUUUCCUACUUUGGUAUUGAGGCUACACACAGCGGCAUGUGCAAAUAUGAAAGCAAGAGAGCACCAGGUUACAUGAAUGUCUCUACCAAGAUUAAGACAUGGGCUUUGGAAGCUUCCCCGGUAAUUCGUGCUCGAUGGAGACAUGAGAUCAAGAAACGAGCCGAGGAAACAGAAGCGCAAAUCAGAGAGCUUAGAGGUCAAUUCGAAGAUCCAACUUUAGCGCCUGGAACUCCAAAACAACCACAGGAUUUAUCGAAUUCAGUACAAACUAUUGCAAGUUUUGAGCCCGAUAUGACAGACGAUAGUGCAGAAUAUUUUAUCAAACCACCCGGAUUUCGUCCCAAUUCCAUAUUUGUUGGCCGACGAGAAGAGUUGGCUGAAAUGCAUAGAAUGCUUUUUGAUGAACAGCGAAGAUCUCAAGGUUCAUGUGCUGUUUUGAUUCAAAGUAUGCCUGGUGGUGGUAAGACUCAUUUGGCUCGACAGUAUGCAUUUGAAUACCGACACGAAUUUCCCGGUGGCGUUUUCUGGAUUCGAGCGAAAAGUAAGCAGGAAAUCACAGCAGGCUUUUGGCAAAUCGCGAAAAAGGCAGCGUUGAAACCUUCAAUGGUUAAUGAAGAUCCAAAAGUUCUCGACAAUCCGGAUCAAUUUAUUAAAUUGGUCAAGAAGUGGUUAAAUCAUCGACAUCACUGGCUUUUAAUCCUGGACGGUAUGCACUUUGAUGAUAGCUUACGAAGAUUCAUUCCCGAUAGUGUCAACACUAGUAUUAUCUAUACAUCAACGGAAAAGUCUGUCAGUGGCGAUCAUCAUUUUAUGAACCCCCAGGUUUUGAAAUUACCAGCACUUUCCGCAAGAGAAGCUCAGCAUCUUUUAUUACGAGAACUAGACAAGAAGGAGCCGUAUGUUCAAGAUGACCUCAGACACUCCAUGGAACUAGUUCAAGCAAUGCAAUUCUUACCGGUAGUUAUUCACGUCGUCGCUCAACGAUUAAAAGCCACAGAUGAACCACUUGCAAGAUAUGCUAGAUCUUAUGCAUCGGCACCAAAGGGUUUAAGGGAACUUCAGGCUUUCACAUCAGUGGUUGAACAAUUGGAAAAGUUGGGUGCUUAUGAAACUCUCAAUCUAAUACAUAUCUUGUGCUUCUUCAGUCAACAUCUUCCGGUUGAGAUGAUUGCACUAGGCCUGGAUGCACUCGAUGUUCCUAUUAGAGCCAGCGAACCUAUUACUGGUAGAUCAUUAAAUAACACCUUUAAAGUAUUGAACAAAUUCGCCUUAAUUGACCGGAACGAACACGAAGCCUCACUCGGCUCUUCCCAAACUUCAAAAGGUAGCAGAGAUUUGUUGUCAGAUGAUAUCGAUGUUAUCAGGCUACAUAGUGUCGUUCAAGGAUUCUUCGUGGAUACUUUGCAUGCAAAAAAAGAAUUGCCAAUGUGGCUUGAUCGAGCUAUCUCAGUUUUCUGCUACUCAUUUGAACAAGCAAAUGAUCGCAUCACACAAAAAACACGCACUGGUCUCGUGGAAGACUAUCGACUUUACGAAAUCCAUGGCAUGAGACUUCAAAGUCAUCUCGAGAGACACAAAAAGGAAUACAUCAAGCAUCACAAGAAAGAGACUUUAGAUCCGGAUGCGACUUGUAUCAUGUUAGAUGAUGUAUUAACUGCAAUUAGAAGUGAAAUUCAACGACGUACUCCGGAAUCUUCUCACGUCAUUGCUGGAGGUCAACCGGAAGCAUUCCAAACAUCGAUAUUCGAUCGGACGGGUAGCUCAUCUGAUACUGGCGCCGAUGCUGAAACACCUGCAGACAAAUUCUGUGAUGGUUCUCCUUGGGUCCUUGGGCCUCACAUUGAAUCCCCCAAGAGUCUUGUUCAUGAUCCGGAUUUCCUUCAACAGGUGGAGAAUAUCAAACAAAUUCGAUUCCCACCUCAACUUCCCAAGGAAGACACGGGAUAUGAUAGUGAGUUAGAAGGCUCUACCAUGACACUACAGCCACCAAAGUCUUUGGCCCCUUCGGCUGGUUCUCCUGAAAGUCCUGGGGGUCCAUGGGAAGUAGUCAAACCUCGGCGUUCAAGGGUUACGGCUCCGAAGCUCGAUCUUCAUAGAACCAUUCGUGCUCAGGAAUCAAGAAGAUAUCGAAAUCGUGCGGGUUAUUUUCGUUCAAUGACCCCCGGAGGGUUUUCCGACCCACGUGUGACUAGUGUUACAGCACAUGGUGAAUUACAGCAACCUGCUAUUCGACCACAAUCUCGUGGUAGUUUGUCUGGUCAAUCUAGUGCCAGAGUAGCACUCGCUCAUAUCAGUAAAUCGAGUCCACCUCCAGUUCGAGGAGGUGGUCCUAUUCAAAAUCGAAGAGCCCCCACGCAUAAGUUGACGGAAACCAAUCUUAUCACUAGGACACCAACUUAUGCAUCGGCUGUUUCUGGCCCAACGAGAGAUACAGCUUCGAGACAUGGCACGGAAGAAAACUUUAGUGAUACGACAUCAAACCUCGGAUACCCAGAACCAACAACAGCUGUUGCCGCCUUACAGCUUAUUCCUCAUGAUACAGAGUCUCAACCACCACAACCACACGUACCUUAUACUCGUAUGCCACCAUAUCCUCAUACACCGGAUCUGUAUUAUCGACAACCAUAUUCUACUACGAGUAGCAACAUGUAUAAUACGCCAAACACGAACAACAGUCAAGAUGGUUUCAAACCGAUACCAGAUCCCUUUGAGAAUAUCUAUCCGAUCAUGCCAGGUCCACCUCCUUUGACAAGAUCUUCAAUACCAUACACAUCAUUGUCACCAUCACUAAAGAGGGACCUACCCCACGAUUAUCCGAGUUGGGAUUCACAAUCUUAUCCCAAUUCAUUACAUAACUCGAUGCACAAUCCAAUCCCACAUCAAGGCAAUCCCCAAAAUCCCCAUCAUCUACUUCGACCAACUCAAUUCCAAUCAAUAUCCUCACCAAACCUUCUUCCUUCUCAGUAUCGCCCCACCCCUUCAACAUACUACCCCGGCCGUCCCGAAUUCUCCCACUCCGAUACAACAAGUAUAACAACCUCGCGCACCUCCCCCCAAGAAUCAGGCUACACAUCUCAACCCCUUUCCCGCAACCCCUCUGGUCAAUCAACGCACUCCACUAUUUCUCUCUCCCGACCUUCCGCUCAUCCCAGCUCAAACUCCACCUCCGCAUCCAAACAACGCCGUACAUCUCUCGCCGAAACUGAACCUAUCCCCCAACUUCCCUUUUCUCCUCGAGUAGGUCCGCAGGCCAUGAGUCCACAGAUAAGCUAUCAAAUCUCCUCAGCUCACUAUCUCAAUCACGCACCCCAAGAUCGCGAAAGGGGAAUGGUAAGGAAAAGUCCGAGAUUAGCAUUCGCGCGGGCGGUCGUGGGUGAUGAUGCAGCGAGAAUUUUGUACGAAAAUCAGGAGAGGGAGAGAGAUAUGCAGAGAUUGGUACAGGGACAGGGACAAAAUCAGAAUCAAUAUGUUUCGUUGCAAGCCAGGAUUCCGAGGACGUUUAAUCCUUUAGCGCCGAAUUUUAGUCCGAGGAUGAGCGCUGCAGGGAAUCAAAGUCAGAUGGGAUAUUUUGGGCAGAGUGAGGAGAGGAGAGCAGGGGUCGGGGCUGGAGUGAGGGAUUUGAGUUUUGUUUAUCCGAGUCCAGAGAUGGGUAGUGAGGGAUUUGGAAGUGCGACUGCGAAUGGGAAUUCAAGGGGGAUAGCGGAGACAGAACUCCAAGCCCCGCUCAUGAAAAGAGGUGGGAGUAGUGGGAGUGGAGGUUUAGUGGUUGGUGGGGGGAGAGUCGUCGAGUUUGGAGAUUUGGGAACAUCGCAGAGAUUUCAGGCGCAGAGGAAUUGGAGUGCGGAAAGAGGGGGCAUGAUUGAAUUCGGGGAGACGGGAUUGGGGAUUCGGACGGGUGGGGAGGGGGGAGUGAGGGGGGAUGGGAGGGGUUGGUAUGGGGAAAGGAGGAGUAGGAGUCGUUGA